GGGAGGUGGUGGUCAGCGUGGAGCCCGAGGUUCCCAUCCGGAAGAUGGACACAGUGGUGAAGCUGGAAGCUAACUCGGACGCGGUGGUGAAGGUGGACGUGAGCGAGGAGGAGAAGAAGAAAAAGAAGAAGAAAGGAGGAGGAGGAGGAGGAGGAGGAGGAGGGGAGGAGGCGGAGGAGGAGGAGCCCGACGAGAGCAUGCUGGACUGGUGGUCCAAGUAUUUCGCGUCCAUCGAGACCAUGAAGGAGCAACUCCGGCAGCAGGAGGCGGCGGCGGCAGACGCGGAGGAGAAGGAGGAGAUGGAGAUUGGAGAGGGCUCCAAGGCUCAGGCCAAGCACAAGGACAAGCCCAAGGCACCCAAGGAGGACAAGAAGAAGAAGCAGCAGGCGGCCCCCGAGCUCCCUGAGAGGAAGAGCAAGCAGAAGGUUGAGGAGCUGAAGGUGUUCAACAAGGAGCUGGAGUCGGAGUUUGACAACUUUGAGGACUGGCUGCACACCUUCAACCUGCUGCGGGGCAAGAUCGGGGACGACGAGGACACGGCCACGGAGGAGGAGCGGAUCGUGGGCAGGUUCAAGGGCUCCCUGUGCGUGUACAAAGUGCCGCUGGCCGAGGACGUGGCCAGGGAGGCGGGACACGACCCCGCGGUCGGGAUGUUCCAGGGAAUCCCCAGCAACGACCCCGUCACCGUCCUCGUCAGGGUCUACGUCGUCAGGGUGAGGGGGCUGGGGUACGAGCUGCGGGUGAUCGUGUGGAACACGGACGAGGUGAUCCUCGAGGACGACGACUACUUCACCGGCGAGAAGUCCAGCGACAUCUUCGUCAGGGGGUGGCUGAAGGGUCAGCAGGAGGACAAGCAGGACACCGACGUCCACUACCACUCGCUCACCGGGGAGGGCAACUUCAACUGGAGGUACAUCUUCCCCUUCGACUACCUGAUGGCCGAGGAGAAGAUCGUCAUCUCCAAGAAGGAGUCCAUGUUCUCCUGGGACGAGACCGAGUACAAGAUCCCGGCCCGGCUCACCCUGCAGGUCUGGGACGCCGAUCACUUCUCGGCCGACGAUUUCCUGGGGGCCAUCGAGCUGGACCUGAACCGCUUCCCCCGGGGGGCCAAGACGUCCAAGCAGUGCAGCCUGGAGAUGGUGACCAAGGAGGCCGAGCUGCCCAUGAUCUCCAUCUUCAAGCAGAAGAGGGUGAAGGGCUGGUGGCCCUUCGUGGCCAGGGACGAGAACGACGAGCUGGAGGUCACGGGCAAAGUGGAGGCUGAGCUGCACCUUCUGACGGCCGAGGAGGCAGAGAAAUCUCCCGCUGGGCUGGCCCGGAACGAGCCCGACCCCCUGGAGAAACCCAACCGCCCGGACACGUCCUUCAUCUGGUUCCUGAACCCACUCAAGUCCAUCAAGUACCUCAUCUGCACCCGCUACAAGUGGCUCAUCAUCAAGAUCGUGCUGGCCCUGCUGCUGCUCGUCAUGGUCGCCCUGUUCCUCUACAGCAUGCCGGGCUACAUGGUCAAGAAGCUGCUGGGAGCCUGAGGGACAGGAGCCUCUCCCACCUCCCAGCCCUCCCUGGCCCCAUGGCCUUCUCCUCCCCA